GAAAAUCCGCAGUCGUCCCCGUCGUUGGCCAUGUAGUUGCGUGUGACCUGCUAAAUAAAUUACAAAAUUAACAAAUAAAAAACGUCUAUCGACACUAAUUGGCCACAACUUACUGUUCAACAAUUGAUAAAUUAUUCGAAUUAGUGAAUUAAACAAUUGGCAAGUGUGCACAGUUAAGUGAAAGGCCAGAUGAAAAUCAAGGCAAAGCGAUGCACUAAAGUGUUGUGGGCCAAAUCAAUAGAAAAGCAGUGAAGGAGAAAAGUCACCAAUCGACGGAAAAGCGACCGAGACCACGGCGAGGGUCGAAUGCAAAUUGCAGUAGACCUCGUUAAGGCUAAGAACACAAGUUGGCCGAGUUAAGCUGGCCAAUCGAUUCCGAGAAUCGGGACCAUCUUAUGAAACAACGGCCCAACCGCCGACCCGGAAAAGUGUGAAACGAAAGGAAAGGAAAAGUGAAAAGUGCUGGGAAAAGUGGAGAGGCUGCAGCGUCGUGUAAACACAGAGUCGCACAAAAUCAAUACUCGCGUGUGUCUGGGCCAACGAAAACCAGGCAGUCAAACAUGAACGAGGACUCCAAUUCGGUUGGCCAGUAGUAACUGGGACUAAAGUGACGGCAUUAUAAUGCUUCGCUACAGGAAGUGAUUGCAAAUUGCGGACAGCACAUAGUAUAAACUUAGAUUUUUUGGCCCACUCCAAGUGGGUGGCAAGGCGGAAAAGCGGCAAGAUGUGGACGCAGAGAAAUGCAGUUGGCAAUUGGCUGUUGGUAUUAACAGCCGUUAUCGGAUUUCUAACUUUCAUAUGGAUUCCGCAGACCUCAGCCGAAUGUCAAACGCGAUCGAUUUACUGCUAUGAGUGCGACUCCUGGACUGAUGCCCGCUGCAAGGAUCCUUUCAACUAUACAGCCCUGCCAAGGGACCAACCUCCCUUGAUGACCUGCAACGGUUGCUGCGUGAAAAUGGUGCGGCAUCAGAGAUCACCGUACGAGGUGGUGCGACGCAUGUGUACGUCACAGUUACAGAUCAAUUUAUUCAUGGUCGAUCACGUGUGCAUGAUGGAAAGUUCAGGCAAUGGACAUAUGUGCUUUUGUGAGGAAGAUAUGUGCAAUUCUAGUAAAAAUUUACACACUAAUGGUUGCCAGCUGCAUCUCAUACCCAUCGCAGUGGCAGUAUCUUGGCUAAUGGGUCAAUUGCUCAGCAGAUAGAAAGUGUUAGGCUCACCCACAGAAAUCCACAUACUCAGAACAUACAGAACAUACAACACAGCCAGAGAAUACCCUACACACUCACUAUCUCUCUUCCUCUCUAUCUAAGCAUAUGAUUUGUAGAUUGAUUUGAUUUCAUUACGAUAACAGUUACGAUUGAUUUGUUUUGGAGCACAGUCUGCAAAGGUCGGACUUCGAGUAGCUUCGAUCAGCACUAAGCGAAGACUCGAAAACCCAAUCUACGGAAUGUGAAUGCAUACCAAAGCUUCCAAAGACAGAAGGCUUUCUCUAUUUCUCUAUCACACACAGUAAACACACCCUAAGCGAGCUUGGGAUGCACAGAGUUCUUGAGAUGCGAGUUUAAUCGAAUCGCAUUGAAGUCGAAUCCGAAUCGAAUCACAGUACUCGUAUUCGGUAUUUGAAUUGCAUGUUGUUGAUGCUAAAGCUGAAGCAUGUAGCGCUUAAGUAGGAAUCGUAGUGGUUAUUACAUUUUGAUUUCGUUGUUACUUACAUUUGUAAAUGCCCCGACCAGAGGGAUAAACCAAAAACCAACGUCAGUAAUCGAUUCAAACUUUAAUUCGUUUAUAGACUUACUUUGAACAUUUGUCUAAAUCAUAUGUAAACUUGGAAUAACUCGACCCCAGACACAUUGUGUAUAUAGCCAGACCCAAAAACAUCAAAGAUCAUCCCAAAAGUAUUGCAGUUACCAAGUGGAACAUUUGCUCAUCUUGUUUAUUCCAAAGUCGGAGGAAAACUCCAUAAUGCAUAAACGUUACUUUGUUGUUAAUACUCUGUAUCCUAGAUCUUAGCCAUUAAGCUGUACUCUCGGUUCUCGCUUGGACCCCAAAACUAACUAAAAUCCCACGCAUCAUAUCACGUACCGAAGCAACAAUGAGACCGAACUUUGGUGACCUAUCGAUCUUAGAGUAGAACCUGCCACCAGCACCUAACUGUAUAAAGUACCAAUCACCCUGGUCCCUUUGGUUUAUGUUAACAAGUGAUAAUUAGAUUGUAAGUAGAAGACCCAGUUCCCAAUUCCGAUCCCGAGCCCUAGAUCCGUAAAGAACCCGUAUCCCUCAUUAUGAAAUUGAAAUUGAAUCAAUUCUCAUUCAUGCUAGUGAUAGUUUUAAAACGAAUCGAAUCGGAAUUAUAGCUUAUAUAGUUUAUUAUUUAAAUUUUUGGAAUUUGACUUAAUAUUAUGAAUGAAUAGUUAUGAUUAUCAUCUCGACUAGAGUAUUCGACUUAAAGUUUUGUAUUCUAAGCGUAAACCUUUUCAUUUGUAUAAUUGAAGAUUGGCUAAUAAACAACCAUUUUUACCAUACGUACAUUUCUAGCAAAAUUUACUCUCAACCGUUGCUGUUACUUUUUAGCUUAAAUUUGCUUUAUCUACUUGCUACUCACUUAACCAACUUUUCAACAAUCGUGCACUUUUGCCCACGCAUUUGUACAAAACUUAACCUAGACUUGGCUUUAGUUUAAAAAUGCUUACAAAAACUAACUAAAGAAAUCAAUAGAAAAUCCGUAUCCGUCCAACAGGGAAGCAUGAGAACUAAUUUCGUUGCUUGGGCACAGGUAAGUCACAAGCCAAGAAAAAAAAUAUACAAAAAUUACAAAAGUCAAGUACAGUUGCGCACCGUUUUCUUAGUUCGAUCUUGCCUCGCUCGUAGAUGGAUGGGAUACCGGAUUUUAGCCGGCCUAUCUUGGUGGUUCACAAACACACUUUCACUCCUUCCCCGAUCCAGCACCCUCCUGCCUCCCUCCCGCUCCAGAAAAAAUCCCAAAACACUUAGCGAAAUUCCCUAUGCAAUGUUAACACCAAACGUUUUUCGUUUUAUUUGUAUUAUUUCUUGAUUUCCUGGUAUGUUGGUUUGUUCGAUUACAAAUAAACAUAUAUAUUUUAAUCACAAAUAUCUUAACGAUUUUGGUUUGUGAAUGUUGACAAUAUUCUUAUAACCAGUAUUUGAUUGAUUGAUUGACGGUUAAUGCGUUCGAAAGUUUAAACAAAAACAUAAAUCGAAAAAGGCAAUGAACUUAAAAGAAACACACACGAAUUUUGUAGUGCAAAAAUAACAUAUUUUAAUUUAGUACUUUUUGUAGUUCCAACAUCUAUCUAUCUCAGCGCCAACAUACUCUCUAUUUCUCUUUCUCUGUAUCUCCUCUAUCUCUCUGUAUAUCUUUCUAUCUGUUCAAUUAUAUUUUACUCUUAUAACAACUAACUUUGAUCUUAAGAAUCUUUUUACUAACUUUCUUCCAAAACAGAAACCACAUAGAACUCUUUCACUAGAGCCACACCUGUAGCAUAUACUAAACAAAUCUAUAAGAGUACACACAAUCACAGAUACACUCACUGAAUGUUAGCGAAAAAUAUACAGAAAAGACGAUACAGUUACAAAAUUAGCUAUGCACUUAGAGAAACACACAACAAACGACUCAUGAAUAUACUAUAAACCAAUGGUGAAUUUUUACUACUUGUAGGCGCGUUUUUGAAGAAUAAUAUUAAAUCCGUUUGAACAGCCCGAUAAUGCUGGGCCUUAGCUUCACAUCCAUAGAUUCCUCACAAUACAAAAAGCACUAAAUUAAUAUCAAAGAUCUUACCAAUAUAGCGGAAUGCUAACAUAAUGGAUUAUUGGUAUUGGUUGAUGAAUAUUGCAAGGAAAUGAGAAAAACCAAAGAGACACAAAAAGCCCACAGAACCAACUCUCUAGAAGAAUCAGCAGUCGAUUUUAUGUUUUAAUUUGAGUUAUGGUUUAGUUUUCGGUUUCGAUUAUCCAUCAUGAAAAUAGCAGAUAAUUCAGAUUUUAAAUUGACUUUACACCUCAGCUCACCACGCACACAUCUAAAUAGUGCUUCCCGCCACUCACCUCAAUUCGCCAUUUCACCCACUCACCCCAACUCACCACACCAAGUGGCGCACGCGCCACAAAUUCCACCAGUGGCGUACGCAGGAUUCUCUCAAAGGGGCUUGAAAAUAUUUUCUUAUUUUCAUUUAAUUCUGUAAUAUGCUGAAGAAGAAGAGCCCUCUCCCUGCGCACGCCACUCUCUUCAACCACCAACACGGUUGCGCAGCCGCGACAGAGAGAUAUGCCUUCGCUCUCUCGCAGCUGCGCCACGCCCACCACCCACAGCCACCCACGAAAAUGGUGCUUUUUCACAUACGACACCACUGUCUGACUAUAUUUUUCAUCAUGUACGCCAUCGCAAUCCAUGCCACAGUGGUCGCAAUGCCGCGACAGCCGCUCCACAAGUGCCACCAAAUACUAUUUUAUUUGUGUAUUUAUUUUCACCGAAAAUGAAUUCCUGCACUUUGUGGGCGGCAGGCGCGCGUGCAUUGCCGAGCAUCUGAAACGUCGAGGGUAGAGAUGAAAAUAUCGGGCGCCGCCUGUCACCGGCGAGUAUUACCCAAUAUAAAUCGCUAAUGGCCACAGGCGGUCGCCGCCCCAACUGUAAUUGUGAACGUCCGUGCGGCCAUUGCCCAAAAAUGAUUACAUAAUACGAUCGAACGAACCGAAUGAGAAGCCAAAGAACUAAGGAUACGAAAGCAGCUGAAAUAACGUUGGAGGAUCGGCGCGGGAUUUUGGCAAAUCGAGCUUCUUCUGCUUGGGGCUUUUCAAGCAUAAGGCUUUGAGGCUUUCUUUUUACUAAGCAGGUGCUUCCAACUCGCUUUGCUGGACAAAUGCCCGACAUAAGUUACCAUUCAAAAUCGCUUGGCCAAAUCAGCAUUACCCCCACAAAUUGUUAAGGACUAGCGAGUAAAUUUUAAUCGUAUUCUCGAAUAUAAAUUGAGCAAACUUUAAGUCAACGAGCACAUUUGAAACUAUCAAGACAUUGUAACCAGCAAAUAAACAAAGUUAAGC